GGAGUGACUGUUCAGAGCGCUGCUGAGCUGUUUGUCCUGUAAGUCUACGAGCAGGGCGACAAAGCAACGUGCUCAGCACCCGGUGACGUCAGGACGCAACAAACGGCUGCGCUGAUUGUGGUCGCCGGUGACUGACGGAAACAGAAAGCACAAGACUCUCCAGCCCACUACGCCAAUAUUCAGCCGGGACGGGACGGUCAUUGGCAAGUAAAGAAUACUCAGCCACAACACACGUUGCUGUUUUGGGCUAAAACAGGCCGGAAAAAGGUAGCACCAUGCGGCCACAUUUAAAUAGUUGGUGAUAUUUGACCGCCUACAAAGCAGCCAUGUCGUCGACAUCUCAAAAACAUAAGGAUUUUGUGGCCGAGCCCAUGGGUGAGAAGCCUGUGAUGGCUCUUGCAGGCAUCGGGGAGGUCCUUGGCCAAAGACUGGAGGAGAAGGGUUUUGAUAAGGCGUAUGUCGUCCUCGGGCAGUUUCUAGUGCUAAAGAAAGACGAGGAGCUUUUCCGGGAUUGGCUGAAGGACACUUGCAAGGCAAAUGUCAAACAGCAAGGUGACUGCUAUGGCUGCCUUAAAGAAUGGUGUGAUGCCUUCUUAUAAAGCCUUCGGCCAUUGUUUUCUACUUCUGAAAUCCAAACUGUACAUUACCUCUUCAGUGAUCUUAAAUCAAUCCAGCUACACCAUUAUAUAUAUGAACUGACACUCUUCACACGAAUGAGGCGCUUUUUAAUUUGAACUUUUACUUAGGCUGUCAGUGUAUUUCUGAAAUCUUUGGACCCCGAAUCAGAUAUCCCACAUGCCCUUCUCAUGGUCUAUGACUAGAAGGUCUAGAUUAAUACUUGCUAACGCUUUCUUCAAAUUGACAAUAUUCUAAAGUUGGGUGGAGAAUCACAAACCAUUCUAUCUGCCUGUAACAUCCACUCGCUGUCAGUAGCCCUUUUAUGGCAGUCAUUUUAACUUUUUAUUAGUAAAAGCACGGAUGUAACUAAUAACAAUAAUUAUGGCUUUUGUCCAUCUAUAUCUACCAGUAAGUCAUGCCACUGAGACAGCAUGCACGUUAGCAGGACUGUGACACGGGAACACUAAACGUAAUGCAAGCUGCAGAGGCUGAAACUGUCUGGUUUGCGUUUUUUGGGAAAUAGCUGCUCAUGUUCAUAAUAUUAAAUUAAUCUGAGAUCAUUGAAAUACUGCAUGUACUUUCUAUUAAAGGUUGAAUAUUAAAUGUAAGGUUCAUCCAUUGUUGGUCAUGUACAGAUAAUUUGAGUUAAACAUGGCUACUUUGUUCUAUAUUUAAACCUUUUCCUUCAGACAAAUGUUAACGUGUUCAGUUCAGCACACACUUGUGUUUCUGUGUAAAGAGGUGAUUUACCAGAACAACCCAAACUGCCAUUUGUACUCACCUUCAACUCCUGGGCUUCAUGCCCCGAUUGCCCAUUUUUAAAGCCUUUUGUAAAAUUGAUGUAAGCUGUAAUAUUUUAAAUAGUGCAUCGUAAUAGAGUUUAGCAUCACCAACAACGUUUAAAGGAUUUCCUGAAGAUGAUAAUUGUCUGUUUGAAGUCUCUCGCAGUAGAUGUGACUGUUUUUAUGUGACACACAAGAACUAAACCUCAAAACCUAUGUGACACUGGUCUGGGCGAAGACGUCAUCCUUUUUUAUUUUAUUACAAAAACUUUUAACUUUUGAUCUUGCAAAUGAAGAAGCAGCAUGACCAGACCCCUCAAUGUUAUACUCAAAGCUUGUUUGAACCUCAUGACAAAGUAUAUAAAUAAAGAUGCAGAUUCAACUAUCUCAAA